UCCUAUUAAUUAUGUAUUGCAUGUCACUCUCACUCGCUCACACACCUCUAGCAUCGUGCCUCCGCUCUGCGCGCGCUUUCGCUCUUACACCAUGCGCUAGGAAUUCUCUCGCCCGCUCUCACCCGCGUUUACACCCCCUCCCCUCUCCCCCAAGCAGUAGUCUGCCCUUGUUCCCCAUCUUACAGCACACGCCCCCCUCGUCCACUUGGUUAUUGCGAUCACACCCCCCCCCCCACCCUUCCCCAUAAC